AUGUUAUUCCUCCUGGGGUUGUCGAUCAGUCUUCGUCUACUAUCUACCGUGCCUGACGAAAGCCAAGUGCUACUGGAGCUGUUGUGUUGGGAAUCAGGAAAGCAGAGUAGUAAUUGGAGGGUUUGCAUAAAGCUAGGAAACCUAAUCAGGGCGAUUCUCUUCUCAGAACUCCUAUGGAUGUUGAGGAUUACUAUGUGUAUGAUGUUACAGAAGAAGAGAGGGAGGAUGUAUCGAAAUCUGAUGGUAAUGAUUAAAAUGUGGAUGAAUGGUGUUGAAGGCCAAAAAUUAGAGGGUCAAAGUGCAACAUUUAGUGCAAAAAUUGCAGAAACAGCAGAUGGAGGUGCUAAAAAGUCUGUUGUAGUACCAAAUCGCUCAAAUUGCUGUUCCAAUCUGUCCUUACAGCCAACUGGUGAAGGUGGUGCAACUCGUGUGCCUAUAUGUAUUGAAUUAAAAAGGGAUGGUAACUUAAGCAGCAAAUCAAUUGUACUGCAGAUUGAUAGUAAAUCUCAACCUGUGUCUGCAAGUGCUCUUCGACACUCAUUACAGGAUAGGCUUAGUAAAGUUUCAAACUUUGAUUUGUGGUCUGGUUGGUGUCCCUCCAUCAAAAGGUGUUCUCCCACAAUCACCCAUGCACACAAGGAGUCUCAACUCUUGAGAGACAGGGUAAGGCACUUUUUCUUUUUUAUUCUACUAAAGUACCAGAAUACCCCUGUUAGUUUAUAUUCACAAAUAGUUCUAGUUCUAGUGUCUCUCCUAAGAUCAGGUCCACUUGGUGUAAAGAUCCAAGCAACUACAGUUUUGGGCUCAUUAUGUAAGGAAAACGAACUAUGGGUCAAAGUAUUACUUGGGGGUUGCAUUCUUCUGCUUCUCGCUCUUCUAAAAUCAACAAAAGGUCAAAUCACAGCUGCAAAUACCAUUUAUGUUGUUUCUGAAGGUGAUGCCAAGUAUCAUGUUGGAUCCAAAAUCUUUGCCACUGAAGGGGUUGUUCCAGUGCUGUGGGCGCAACUCGAAAAGGGUUCAAAAGUAGUUGAUGAUUUUCUGACUGGUGCUUUGAGAAACCUGUGUGGGACCACCGAGGGUUUUUGGUUAGCAAUAGUCAAAGCUGGGGGAGAAGAUAUAUUGGUAAAGAUAUCAACUUCUGAAACUACAAAACAACUCCUGAAGCUAUUAGGACCUGGUUAUGAACCUCUAGUUAGAGCACAAGCUGCAUCUACUUUAUAG